UGUUCUGUUCUCUGUGGGAUUACAGCCUCUUCCUUCCGGCCCUUCAGACCAGCUCUUCCCUCCACUUCCACCGAGGAGCCCUCCGAUGAAGAGCUGGUCAAGGCCGUAGUUGACUUGGAGAAGUCCUAAGACGUACAGGCCCCUCUCUCACUCCUGCAGCAUCCACCUCCUAUCCCCUAAGCAGCAGCAGCAGCACAGAAGGGGGCUGGUGUCUCUACUGUGGACGUGCCCACAGAUGAGGAGCUGCUGGAGGCCACACAGGACCAGGACGAGCCCCUGCAACCUCCAGCAGCCAUGGAGAAGACGGCACAGACACCAGCUCCCACGCCACAUCCUGGAGCUGCCAGUCCCGCGCUACAUCCUGGAGCUGCCAGUCCCCCGCCACCUGGAGUGCCGGAGCUGACGGAGCCAGCCAGCCAUCCUCCCUCCCCCACCUCCUGCUGGCAGUGCUUAGCUGCUGCCUGCGUCCUGGCAGGCAGCUCUCACUGCGGCGCAGCAGCAGUGGAUCGGUCGGGUGCUGUUUACCAGGAACAGCAAGGGGAGGUCCCAGCUCAUCAAGGAGCUCAACGUAUGGUGGUACCCUGCCCAGAGCCAGCCGAUCUACACCCAGCCUCCCGCGUCCCCCGACCCCUUCUUUGCAUGUCGGCUGUUCCUGUGGAUGCCACACAGGAUCUGGCAGCUGCAGCUUUGUGCACCGUUAUCAUGACAAAGGCUGGGCUGCACAGGACCAUCCGGAGGGUCCUGGACAUUGACGGCUGGUAUCUCAUGGCCACUGAGUACCUAGAGUGCCGUCAGUGUAAGAAGGAGGGUGGUCACAGGGCAUCGUUAGGCAGCUGUCCCCCACCUACAGCUGCCAAUUUCCAGCUGUACUUACGUACAAGUUGUCCUGUGACCUUAGGGUGGUUGCACAACUGAGGUCUCGCACUCUGGGCAACAGUGCUCCUCGGCUGUGCAACACCCUGCGGAAGGCGCACUCAGAUGCCUGGAUGCAGAGAGCUAUCGCGUACCUC